AUGUCGGCCAUUUGGACAGCAUUGACUCUGAGCACCGGUGAUCCCGCAUCCUGUCCAGCAACCACUAUCAACAAUGGACGGAAUCCUCAGCCUUCCGCGGGUGGUAGUUUCAGGAGGAGGUCUGCUGCGGAAGUCCAAGCCUACGUGUUUCUAUACAAUUGCCCGGUCCCUACAGUCGAGUCUGGCGCGCGGCUUUCUGAUGAGACUGACCCCGUGCAGAGGUGCCAGUAUAUCAAGCGCAGUGUUGGGACCUCGCUGACUUGUAAUUACGAUGUACAGACCGGCAAUUUCGUCUCGCAGCAGGGGAACUUGGAAGAUCCGAGCUCGCCCUUGAGAUCCUUCUGUCCGGUCACGGCCUGCGCAUCUCCACAGUAUACCCAAGGUCAGAGACGACGGGCCGUGGAGCGGCGUCAGUUGGAUCCCGCAAAUUUACGGAACAAACGAGCUUCACAGGUAGGGGAUGCACUGGUAGAGACAGUUCAGCUGGACCAGCGGACGCAGGGUCUUUGGUACCGGUAUAUGGACAUUUUGGGCGAUAUCUGGAGCAGUCGUGUGUGGCCUAAAUUCUCGGGGACUGGCGAGCCUAACAGGAGAUUGAUCUAUCAAUACAACGAGCGCGUGCGACAGCGGGUGGCGAGGCAUGUUUCAUCCUCCCUUUGGCGUUUCAGAUUAUGCCGUAAGCCCCUUUCACUCAACUCGUCACUCGACCGCGUAGAGUACUGUCGCCCAAAAGACCGCCCAUCGGAUAGCAUGUCGCUCAAUCACUUCGAGACCCUCGAGAAAUUCACAUCCCCACUCCUCAUUCCUCUUCCUCCCUCCCCUCCGCCCAAAACGCGUAUCCCGAGUCGGAAACCUGCCGGAUGGGUCUCCGUCACGCCAACGCUAUCGAGCGCGAGGUUCGCAUCGAUGGCAUCGCGCAGACUUGUCUCUGGGGGUCCGGAUAGCCCUGCGGGAGGAGACAGAGGGCGCACGGCGGACGAAGUGGAGGAGUAUCGCGAGCGGGUUGAUCAGCACAAUCUGAGCAGUGGGAAUGCGGCGAGACCCCAGACCGAGGUGGAGACAGCAGGGAGGACUAUGGAGCGGGCCGUCCCAGCUGGACGCGUUUCAAGCUUUGGCGCACCAUAUCGCUCGGUUUCGUCAUACAAACCCCACACAUACAGUUCGCCCAAACCAGCCGGGAAACGAGUCAUCAGCGGAGCGAUGCAGUACGCGCUCUUACCUGCUUCGCCUCCUCCGUCUCCUUCCUCCUCCCCUCCACACUCGACUAACCCCGCCGCCGGUCACGUAUACGUACGCUCCCCUCCUCUCGGCGGCCCAGAAGAUCAUCAUCCUCCCCCCUCGACAGCCUCACCUCGGUCGGACCAGCUUCACACACCCCUCCCUGAUCUCAAUGUCGUGGCUCUUCCCCGAGGCGACACUUCUUCCCAAUAUCAUACCGACAUCAGCCGCGGGAAUGCCGGUGACCGAAGGGAGGAUGAGGAUGAGGUGGACGAGUCAUUGGUAUAUCACCUCGUCGAGCCGGAUGCGGAAAGCAGCUUUCAGAGCGUAUCGGAGCAUGACGUCCAGUCGGGCGAUGACGACGCUGAAGGAGCAGAGGAGGGAUCGGAGGAGGAAGGCUGGAUCGGGGAGGUACUGGCGGAGAGAGAGGCGGAUGAGGAAUGGAUGAGCCAUGUCCGGACGCAGCUUAAUGCGCUGUUUCCGGACUUCUUCAAUGAAGAUAGGUCGGAGGCGUUUGAGCCCGCCCCGACUUUGCUCCAGCCCCAGCAUCAGCAGAUCCAGCCGUAUCCACGACCUGGCGCCCGACCGCAGCUGGACACCCCGCCCGUCCAGGCUGCCUAUUGCCCAUACCCCUCCCGCCCCGAUCCCGUGCAAGCUGGCCGGCUCGCCGUCGAUGCGCUCCCGCUCCCUGGGUUCCGGAGUGAGCUGGGGGAGCUGCGGGAGGAGAUAGAGCGGUUGAGAGGAGUCGUAGGGGGUCUGGCGGAUGGGUUGAGGGGGCAGGUCGUGAGCGCGCCGACUGCGGCGAUGACGAUGGGGAAGGAGCGGGAGUCAAGUGAUGGAGAGGGAGUCGCACGAGUAGGCUGUGGUGGCGUGGACAUAGCACUCGUAGGGGACGAUCUGGACCUGGCCAAGCGACUCGUUGUGGAGAACGCACAACCCAUCGUACACCUCCUCCGAGCGCUGCAUGCGCGGCUGCAUCCCGGUCGAGACGAUGACUUGGAUUUGGCGGAUCUGGUCAAUGAGGAGGUUCUAGCGGAGAUGACGGGGCGGCUUCAGUAG